ACGGCAGUAGUCAGUCUAGCACUCUGUCAUUUUUACUCGUAGUUCUAGAUUUUCUCACUACGUAGCAGCACUAACCGAUGUUCUGGUUCAGCUUUCAACGUCCGCAGAUCAGUGCCGCAGAUGCAGCAUGUCUGCUAAAAUUCUGUACAGUUCUGGCAGUGACAGUGAAGAUGGAGAUGGUGGAUUUCACAUUAACGAGCAGUACGCCGAUCGAUAUGACAAUUGGAGAGAAAAGGAAGAAAUAGAGAAGCUAAAGGCGCGGUAUGGAGACGAUGCCACUUCCGUGUUGGCUGGAAAACUGGACGCAGGAAGCAGCAGUUCGUCGGAGAGCGAGGACGACGAUGCGGAAGCUAUCACGCCGCAGAUCGAACGCGACUUCCUUAAGACGCUCUCGCUUCUCAAGAGCAAAGACCCGAAAAUCUACGACAAGGAUGCAAAAUUCUACGAGAGCGACGAUGAUGCAGCGCCCUCUGACGGGAGAAAUCCGCGCAGGGAUCGACGUCGCGAAAAGCCGAUGUACAUUCGCGACUACAACCGACACAUCAUCCUCGACAAGCAGGGUCAACUCAGCGAGGAAGAAUCCUCGGACGACGCCGACGACCACCUGAUCGAACGGCCGCGCUCCCCGACGUUCGUUCAGGAGCAGCGCCAACUCAAAGAGAGCUUCAAGAACGUCGUCGCCUCCGACUCAGACUCCGACGGCGGUGAAGGCGACCUCCUGCGGGUGCGCGAGAAGACAAGAGAGCAGCUGCGGCAGGAGGAGGACGAAUACCGUCAGUGGCUGCGCGGUCAGACGGCCGAGAUCUCGGACGCGAAGGCCGGGGUCGAGCUGAGCGGACUGCGCGACUACUGGAACCGGCCGGACCUCGACGAUGGAGAGACCUUCCUCAAGGACUACAUCCUCGGCAAGGGAUACCUCGACGUGGCGGAGCAUGGGGACGGUGGCGCCCCCACGUACGAGGAGAUCGUCGCCGACGAGCCGGACCUCUCGGAGGACGAGGCGGAUGUCGAGCGGCAGGAGCAGUUUGAGCAUCGCUACAACUUCCGCUUCGAGGAGCCGGACGGCGACCUGAUUCACUCGUACCCGCGCGCGCCGCGUGACACGCUGCGCCGCCACGACACGGCGCGCGCCGACCGCCGCCACGAGCGCCGCGACCGCAAGGCGCGCGAGCGAGAGCGCCACCUGGAGGCGCUCAAGACGCUCAAGAACGCCAAGCGGCGCGAGAUCCUGCGCAAGGUAGCGCGCAUCCGCGCGGUUGCCGGCGACGACGGCGUCGCCGUCGACGAGGACGAGCUGGAGGCGGACUUCGACGCGGCGCGGCACGACGCGAUGAUGCACCGCAUGUUUGGCGAUGACGCAGACGGUGACGGCGACGAUGACGAAGCCAAGCCGGUGUUCCUGCCCGAUGACGACGACAACGACGAAUACGCAUACGAGGAGAACUGGGACGAGUGGGUCGGCGGCGGCGGCGACGACGACGACGAACGGGGCGCCGCCGACAAAGAGACCACAAAUGCCGAACCCACAGAGGGCGCCCCCGGCCCGUCAUCUUCGUCGUGGCAGGAGGAGGUGUCGGAGCACAUGCGCGGCGGGCGGACGCGACGGCGCGAGACGGCACUGGCGUGCGCACUGCGCCGCCGCAAGCCGACGUUCGACCCGCGCGCGACGACGUUCCAGGCGUACUUCGACGAGUACUACAGCCUCGACUGCGAGGAUAUGAUCGGCGACAUGCCGUGCCGCUUCAAGUACCGCGAGGUGCCGGCCAACGACUUUGGCCUGACGCUCGACGAGAUUCUGCGCGCCAAGGACAAGGAGCUGAACGCGUGGGCGUCGCUGAAGAAAGCCGUGCAGUACCGCGGCGCCGAGGAAGAGGCGUACGAGGCACAGGCCUUCCGCAAGAAGGCUCUCAACGUCGCAAAGAAACGCCGCCUGCUGCCGAGCGUGUACGCGGAGGAGGGGGAGGAGGGUGCAGCGAAGAAGAAGAGGAGGCGGCGGCGGAAGAAGAAGAGCAACGUGGAGGAGGUCGUCGCGUCGCCCGCCGCCGGUCAGGCGGAGACGUUGAGUGGAGCAGCUGAAGAGGUCGGAGGGAAAGCGACGGGGAAGGCGUCCGGAGAAGCGACAAAGCGAUGUGCUGAGACGAACCGCGUGGCAGGGAAGCAGGAGCAGGGUGACGGCAAGAAGGGCAAAAAGAAGAAGGUACAGAGUACAAAGGACAAAAAGAAGAAGGUGCAGGGCAAGGAGAAGAAGAAGAAGCAGCAGGUACAAAGUGAGGAGUGCAAGCAAAAGAAGCAGGUACAGGUCAAGGACCACAAAGAGGAGACUGAGUACAAGGAGCACAAAAAGAAGAGAAAGCUGGUGUCUGACGCAGGAGAUGAUGCACUGCAUCCGAAAAAGGUAAAGAAAAUCAAGAACUCGCAGAAACCAACAGGCGGCAAGCGAAGCAAAGACCAGAUUACUGCUGACAGGUUAAAAGCAUAUGGCAUCAAUCCAAAGAAAUUUAAGUCCAAGAAGCUCUCUGUACAAUCUUGAUAACGUUAUGAUGAAACUGUUUGUAUAUGUAUAGAUAGAGAUGUUAUAAGUGUCCACGUGUGUGUAAGUGACCGUGUAUCUCGUUUUUAAUAAAUGGCGCUAUUUUAAAACUCAA